GCAAGGGCUGGAAGAUUUAACCCCGGAGCCACACUGGUGGGAGGCACGUGUGGGUGCCAGUGCGCGCGUAGGUCCCUGCAUGCCCAGCAGCCUCCACCUGCCCAGUGACCAUGAUAGUGUUUGUCAGGUUCAACUCCAGCCAUGGUUUCCCAGUGGAGGUCGAUUCCGACACCAGCAUCUUCCAGCUCAAGGAGGUGGUUGCUAAGCGACAGGGGGUUCCAGCUGACCAGUUGCGUGUGAUUUUCGCAGGGAAGGAGCUUCGGAAUGACUUGACAGUGCAGAGCUGUGACCUGGAUCAGCAGAGCAUCGUUCAUGUCGUGCUGAGACCCUGGCGCAAAGGCCAAGAAAGGGAGGCCACUGGACAGGACGGCCCAGGAACUGCCGUGGAGGGCUCGGAGAAAGAGCCUGAGAGCUUGACGCGCGUGGACCUCGGCAGCUCCAUCCUCCCGGCCCGCUCGGUGGGUCUGGCUGUGAUCCUGAACAGCGACUAUGCGGGGACCCUGCCAACUGGAAGGCCAGCAGGUCAAGGAACCUACAACAGCUUUUAUGUUUAUUGCAAAGGCCCCUGUCAAAGAGUACAGCCAGGAAAACUCCGGGUGCAGUGCAGCACCUGCCAGCAGGCAACGCUCACCUUGGCCCAGGGUCCAUCUUGCUGGGACGAUGUCUUAAUCCCAAACCGGAUGACCGGUGAAUGCCAAUCUGCAAACUGCCCUGGGACUACAGCCGAAUUUUUCUUUAAAUGUGGAGCACACCCAACCUCUGACAAGGAAACGUCAGUAGCUUUGAACCUGAUUACGACAAACAGUCGAGACAUCACCUGCAUAACGUGUACCGACGUCAGGAGCUCUGUCCUGGUUUUUCAGUGCAACCACCGCCACGUGAUUUGCUUAGACUGUUUCUACUUAUACUGUGUGACAAGACUUAAUGACCGGCAGUUUAUCCAUGACCCUCAGCUUGGCUACUCUCUGCCUUGUGUGGCUGGCUGCCCCAACUCCUUGAUUAAAGAGCUCCAUCACUUCAGGAUUCUUGGAGAAGAGCAGUAUAACCGGUACCAGCAAUAUGGCACUGAAGAGUGUGUGCUACAGAUGGGGGGUGUGCUGUGCCCCAGCCCUGGCUGUGGAGCGGGGCUGCUUCCCGAGCCAGGCGUGAGGAAGGUCACUUGUGAAGGGGGCAGCAGUCUGGGCUGUGGGUUUGUCUUCUGCCGGGACUGUAAGGAAGCGUACCAUGAAGGUGAAUGCGGCACCCUAUUUGAAGCCUCAGGAGCAGUUACUCAGGCUUACAGAGUUGAUGAGAAGGCCGCGGAGCAAGCUCGGUGGGAAGAGGCCUCCAAAGAAACAAUCAAGAAAACCACCAAGCCCUGUCCCCGUUGCCAUGUGCCUGUUGAAAAAAAUGGAGGAUGCAUGCACAUGAAGUGCCCACAGCCGCAGUGCGGGCUGGAGUGGUGCUGGACCUGCAGCUGUGAGUGGAACCGCGCCUGCAUGGGAGACCACUGGUUCGAUGUGUAGCCUCAGCACCGCGAGCGGGCGCCCCCUGCCGUCCAACUUGGAAACGUACAAAGGGUCC